CAACUGUCUGCUCUGAUGUGAGUGCCAGUCAGCUAGCCAGCCUCUCCUUUUCACUUCAUGUAACUAUGGUCUGAAGAGGAAACCAUGAAUCUCCGAGGCGUUUUCCAAGAUUUCAACCCCAGUAAGUUCCUGAUCUACGCGUGUCUGCUGCUCUUCUCUGUGCUGCUGUCACUGAGGCUGGAUGGCAUCAUCCAGUGGAGCUACUGGGCCGUGUUUGCGCCCAUCUGGCUCUGGAAGCUCAUGGUCAUCAUCGGGGCGUCUGUGGGCACCGGAGUGUGGGCUCACAACCCGCAGUACAGGGCUGAAGGGGAGACGUGUGUGGAGUUUAAGGCCAUGCUGAUCGCAGUGGGGAUCCACCUGCUCCUGCUCACCUUCGAGGUGCUGGUCUGCGAGCGUGUGGAACGGGCUUCGAUCCCCUACUGGCUCCUGGUGUUCAUGCCGCUCUUCUUCGUCUCUCCUGUGUCAGUGGCAGCGUGUGUGUGGGGAUUCAGACACGACCGCUCGCUGGAGCUGGAGAUUCUGUGCUCUGUAAAUAUUCUUCAGUUUAUCUUCAUCGCUCUGAAACUGGAUAGGAUCAUCAACUGGCCGUGGCUGGUGGUAUGUGUGCCGCUCUGGAUCCUCAUGUCCUUCCUGUGUCUGGUGGUCCUCUAUUAUAUCGUGUGGUCUGUGCUGUUUCUGCGCUCGAUGGAUGUGAUCGCGGAGCAGCGGCGCACCCACAUCACUAUGGCCAUCAGCUGGAUGACUAUAGUCGUGCCCCUGCUCACUUUUGAGAUUCUCCUCGUCCACAAGCUAGAUGGUCAUUAUAGCUCCAACUACGUCCCGGUGUUUGUUCCUCUGUGGGUUUCUUUAGUGACUCUAAUGGUGACCACAUUUGGCCAGAAAGGAGGCAAUCACUGGUGGUUUGGCAUCCGUAAAGACUUCUGUCAGUUUCUCCUGGAGCUCUUCCCGUUCCUCAGGGAAUAUGGCAACAUCUCCUAUGACCUGCACCACGAGGACUCAGAGAUGUCUGAGGAGCUGCCCAUUCACGAGGUGCCCAAAAUUCCUACCAUGUUUCGCAAGAAGACGGGUGUGGUGAUCACCCAAAGCCCUGGGAAAUACUUUGUGCCCCCACCAAAACUGUGCAUCGACAUGCCAGACUAACAUUAUAGCUCUCGUAUACAGUAUAGCACUAUGCACUGGGAUUCGCUUCGUUACGUACUGUUGAAGACGGAAACAACAAUCCCGUUAAACUCGGCUCUUGUUUCCUUAAAAAAAAAAAAUAGCUGCGCAAACGGACCUGUUGAAUUCAGGAGCGCAUCGGUCGAACUUUCCUGACCACUCUCUCGAAGGACUCCCAGAGAGAUACCGUCUGUAAAUAAGUGUGUUUUUUACAAGGUGUCAGAUAUUUUCUGUAUUUUAAACAAAAUGUUCAUCGCUCUUAGGUUUUCUAGCUUCGCUAGCGCUGUACUGAAUGGAUUUAGAGAUUUCAUGACCGUUCCUCAUUUCCACUGGGAUCACAGCGUUGGUGGUUGAACAACAACAACAACAGUGUGAAAAAUAGCCAAAAGAGUUUACCAUAUUUUGUGAGUCAUGUUUAUUUAUGCUUUUGAAUUGCUUUAUUAUUGAUCUUACCUGCAAAGAUUUAUGAUGUUGAAAUAGUGACUUUUAUUGAGAUUUUAAUUAGUUUGGUAUAGUCCGUAUUAGUGUUGUCACGAUACUAGAAUUCAGUACCAAUUAAUACUGAAAUUUUCAAAACAUCCAUUUCUCGCUAAUAUUUGAGUGCUGUUGAGCUCGUUCUUAAACCGCGCUGAUUUGCCAUUGUGUUCACAUGCUCAACAGAAAUGGCUGUGAUUGGCUGUGAAGGCCAUUAGUUCACCGAACUCACCGCUGUUUCCUGAAUGUGUUGUGGAGAGUUGCGCUGGAUCUCAAUGUAUAUCCUUUAAGUUUCAAAAAAGAAGCUGAGGUCUUCGAAGUUUUCAAGUUAUAAAUGUAAACACAGAUACAGGGACAGUUGAGCGUAUUAAAGCCGCAAAGAUCAGCUGUUCUGUCUAUGAGCUGACAUAUGAGCGACCCCGCUUAUGAAUAAACUUCACUGCUUUAAAACACUCCUGUGUCCCUGUAUCUGUGGUUACACUCAGUAAACAGCGGUGAGUUAGGUAAUCU